AUGGCUUUAAGAAACGAUUUGACAUAAAAACAAUAAUAUUUACUAUAAAUUCUAGAUAUUUCUGGAGAUAAGGCUUAAAGAUAAUAUUUAAAUGUAUAUAUAUAUCAAGAUUAAAAUUGGAUGGUAUAAUAUUUUGUUUCGAUGUGACAAAUUUUAAAACUUUGGAUAAUCUCCAAAAAUGGAUUUAAUGAUUAUCAGUUAAAAGUGUAAUUCAUGAAGUCAAAAUGAAGAAGUUUUGGAAACUAAUAAUAGUGAAUUUGCUAAACAGAUUUGCAUAGCUAUUUAAGAUGAAUAGGAUAGCUUAUUAAAUUAUAAUAGUUAUAAUGGAAUUCCAAUGGAUGAAAUACUAUAGAUUCCUUUCAUUUUUAUAGGUUGUAUGAUGGAUUAGAUUCUUAUGGAUAAACAAGUUAGAUUGAGAUAAUAGAUUUGUGAAAGAGUAUUAUAAAUAUAAUUAUAAGUAGAUAGAGUGUAUUAUGAGAAUAAAGUAAAGAGAUAAAUUGGAAGAAUUUUAGAUAAGAGAAAAAAUUCAAUAAAAAAUGAUGAAAUUGGAUGAGUCUUAUUGUAAAUCUACUAAGAAAAUACUAUUUGAAUAAAAAUAUUAAUUGUUUUGUGUAUAUAUGAAACAUUUUUGUUAAAGAUUGAUGUGUAAAAAGAGAAAGUAAUGA